AUGAACGCAUCGGCAGCUGCAGAAUCUGUUGCGCUGACAUGCGAGGUCAUCGUGCCGGAUCCUGCGGCUUCGCCCCAAGCGACCGUCUCGCGCUGGUCGGACUGCGGCCUGAGUGCGCCACCAGCCCUGGUGGUCGUCCCCGAGUCUGAGAAAGACAUUGUCGACGCUAUUAGCUAUGCGCGGGCGAAGGGUCUGUGUCUCCUGGCGGCCGGCGGCGGAAACGGCACAUUUGCGCCUGUCGGCGCACAAACGCUGUAUCUGGACCUAAAGCGGUUUAACACCGUCAGCCUGGACGCGGCAGCGUCAUCUGUAACUGUCGGCGGUGGCGCCCGAACCGGCCAGGUCUUGAAGGCCUGUACCGACGCCGGCUUCUACACCAGCUGGCCGCACAGCGAUACCGUCGGCUAUACCGGCUUUGUUCUAGGCGGUGGCAACGGUAUCGCGGUCGGCCUCCACGGCAUGGCCAUCGACAGCGUCCUAUCCUUCCGCGUCGUCACGGCCACAGGACAGACCGUAGACAUCAGCGCGACGUCCGAGGGCGACGAGCUGGAGCUCUUCCACGCCCUCUGCGGCACCGGCCACGGCCUUGGCGUCGUCGUGUCGGUCACGCUCCGGGUCUAUCCGAUAUCCGAACUCGGCCUGACAGACGGGUCGAUCUGGAACCGUCGUCUGGUCUUCACGACAGCAAGCCUAGACGUUGCUGCUGCCACCUUCUCCCGCCUGCAGAACCCGGCGCCGACGCUGAGUCCGGUCCUGCUGUUUGUCCGUGGCGGCGGUCCGGCCGCUGCGCCGAUGAUCAUGUUGAGCGCCUCGUACAUGGGCCCAGCGGACGAUGGCCUGACCGCUGCGGCCCCCCUGUUCGACGAGGCUGUGAUGGCGCAGGCCGUCAAGGCCGACACCGGCGCGACGCCGUUUGCGCAUAUGAACCAGGGCUUCGCCAAGUUUGAUCGCCAGGGCGGCUACAAAGAGAUCGCAUCGACGCGACUGCGUGCAAUCAGCCCCGCGGCCGUGGUGGCCGUCUUUCAGCGCUGGCUCGCCUUCACCGAUGCACACGCAGACGCGCGGCAGACGGCCGUCAUCUUUGGAAGCUGCAGCACGGCGGCACAGCUGCAGCUCGAGCGUGAGGGCCGUGGUCGAACGCGCUCCUUUGAUAAUCGCAACCGGGCCGUCAACGCUAUGGCCAUGACCUCGUAUACGGAGCCGGCAACGGGCGCCGCCUGCGAGGCCUUUAUCCGGGACUUCAAGGCCAUCUGCCGACAGGACCAACCGGCCACAGAUGCGCCCCGGACGAUCGUCAACAACAUGCGGCAGAAUACCGCGCUCGAGGAGAUGCAGAGCCGGGAACGGAUCGCCGAGCUGAAGCAGAUCAAGAAGCUUUGGGACGGCGAGGGUAUUUUCUGGUGUCCGUACAACGAGACGGGCUUGGAGGCCGACUCUCUCCGCCAGCAGCUCCAGCAGCUCCUCUACCAGACUCAUCCUCCCCGCCGGCCGUCUAGCUCUUGCAUUACGACAGCUGCGACUAUGGGAUUCAAGCGAACGUCGAUCGUGAGCGGUCUGCUCGGCACCUCGACGGUAGCGGCCUAUUUGGCGUCCAGAAACCCAGUGAUCUCGCCGCUGGCGCCGUCGGAUCCAAUCUUCAGCUCGAGCGUGUACAAGAGAACAAAUCCGGCGAGGAACCCGGCGACGCAGGAUGUGUGUAUCAAGCGUCUGCCCAUGUCGAGCAUCCGCCCGGAGCUGUUGCAGAAGGAUGGCCCGCUCGUGCUGGAGUUCUGCCGGGGGCUAUGGAGUGGAUAUGGCUACGCCAUCCAGCGCAAGUUUCUCGACAGCAAGUACCGCGGCCCCGAAACAGCCAGCCAGCUGUGGGACACGGAGGAGCUAGCGGCCAGCACAUACGACAAGGGCACGGUGAUCACGGACCACUUUGAGGUGGUGGAGAAGACGCCGACGUCGAUCACGGUGCGCUGCGGCGACUCGCCACGCAACAAGGGCCCGCGCGCGUCGGACGGUCUCUUUGUGAUCAGCGCGACGAUGGACAAGCCACGCGAGGAGGUCGAGCUGCGGCUCAAGAGCGUGCUGUUCCAGAGCGAAGGCAACGUGGUGGGCACCAAGGGUCCAAUGUCGCCGUGGAUCGAGGAGCUGCACCAGUGGUACGCAAGGCUCUGGUCCGAGACGGCAUCGUGGAAGCUGCGCAAGUGGUAG